AAUAUAAUUUGCCAACGACGCCGACGACCCAACCAAACCGAGCUCUCUCAACUCAAUUUGGUCGACUUUUCUCUGGUUUCAUUUCUUCUCUCCUUCACUGCCACCGACCGACCACUUCCCUCUUACACCAUCAUCUUCUUCUUUCUUCUUCUCUAUUGAAUCCACUCUCAGAUUGUUUGAUGGGUGUUUGCAGGAUUUUGUGAUUGAAAGGGAGAGAGAAUGUCAGGAGGCGGUACUCAGAAAAGCUUAAGGAAAGCACUAGGGGCCCUUAAGGACACAACCACUGUUUCAUUGGCCAAAGUCAAUAGUGAUUACAAGGACUUGGACAUUGCUAUAGUUAAGGCCACAAAUCACGUUGAGCGGCCUGCAAAGGAAAGACACAUUAGAGCUGUUUUUUCUGCCAUUUCAGCCACUAGGCCUCGGGCUGAUGUUGCUUAUUGCAUCCAUGCUCUUGCCAGAAGAUUAUCGAAAACGCAUAACUGGGCGGUUGCACUGAAAACCUUAAUUGUCAUCCAUCGUGCUUUGAGAGAAGUGGACCCCACAUUUCACGAGGAACUCAUUAAUUAUGGAAGAAGCAGGAGUCAUAUGCUUAACAUGUCUCAUUUCAAAGAUGAUUCUAGUCCAAAUGCAUGGGAUUAUUCUGCCUGGGUGCGCACUUAUGCCUUAUUUUUGGAGGAGAGGCUGGAAUGCUUCCGUGUUCUUAAGUAUGAUGUUGAGACAGAUCGACCUAGGAUUAAGGAUCUGGAUACUGCUGAGUUGCUGGAGCAGCUACCAGCUUUGCAACAACUUCUUUUCCGUGUUCUUUGUUGUCAGCCACAAGGGGCAGCAGUUAACAAUUUUGUUAUUCAGUUAGCACUUUCAUUGGUUGCUUCUGAAAGCGUAAGAAUCUAUCAAACUAUAAGUGAUGGUAUAGCCAAUUUGGUUGACAAGUUCUUUGAGAUGCAACGCCAUGAUGCCUCGAGGGCUUUGGAUAUAUAUAGAAGAGCUUGUCAGCAGGCGGAGAGACUUUCAGAAUUUUAUGAGAUAUGUAAAAGUAUGGAUAUUGGACGUGGAGACAAAUUUAUGAAGAUUGAGCAGCCUCCUGCAUCAUUCCUACAAACAAUGGAAGAGUAUGUGCGAGAAGCUCCACGGAUGUCCACAGUUCGCAAAGACCAGGUUGCUGACAAUAAAAUUGCUGCCCCAAAAGAAAUCUUAGCUAUAGAGUACAAAAAGGAACCAGAUGUGACGGUGAAGGAGGAACGCCCACCAUCGCCGCCUCCACCUGAACCAGUAAAAGUUGAAGAGCCAGUUGUUGAACCUCCUGAUUUGGUGACCUUGGAUGAUCCUGUUCCAGCCGCUUCAGAACUGGAUGAAAAGAAUGCCCUGGCUCUAGCUAUUGUUCCCGUUUCUGACCAACAAAGUACAACUAUUGCAAAUCAUGCAAAUGGUACAACGGGAUGGGAACUUGCGCUUGUUACAGCUCCAAGCUCGAAUGACAAUGCUGCAGCUGCUAGCAAACUGGCGGGAGGGCUAGAUAAACUCACAUUAGACAGCCUAUACGAUGAUGCAAUUAGACGAAACAAUCAGCCAGUGAGCUACAAUCCUUGGGAGCCAGCCCCAAUGGUUAAUAAUCCUAUGAUGCAAACAACUGCACAUGAUCCUUUCUUUGCCUCCAAUGCAGUAGCUGCACCACAUUCAGUACAGAUGGCAGCAAUGACCAAUCAACAGCAGGCUUUCAUGUUGCAUCAGCAGCAGCAGCAGCAGCAGAUGAUGAUGAUGGGACCUCAACAACAGUCUUCAAAUCCCUUUGCCAAUCCUUAUGGAGCUAGUUUCCAUCCAUAUGGCUCAGGCAUGCCAACUGCUCAAGCCUACAAUCCCUAUUCAGGCUUUAGAUAGGUGAUUUGUAAGCGAGACACAUUCUUUAUCCGGAAACAUGGAGAAGAAAGAAGAUCGGAAUCAAUGGACCCUCAGAUUUUGAGAUUGGGAAGACAAGAGAUUUGUGUACAAUAUGCUUUGUGUAUGUGCAGUAAUCAAUCAGAAUGAGAUUCUUCUUCAAUAAUUAGCAGGAGGAAAGCUUUGGAUUAGUGAUUAUCACAUUGAUGAAGGUUAGUAAUAAUGCUUUUCAGACUAUUAUAGUUUCAUCAACCUGCUUUAUUGUUGAUUAAACUUGAGCAGGAAUUAUAUCUUGUUAUUCUUUUUCCCUUAUUAAGGUUUUCUCAUAGAUGAUAGAAAUCAUUUGUAAUCUUUGUGAGUAUUACCACAUUUAUGUAAUGAAGAGACAAACAGGUUUGAUUUGUGGCUCUGGGAUACCUUUUGGUAUCUGUAACAAUGUUCUUCACGUUUGGCUUUCAUCUCCAAUUUAUUUGUUUUCCCAUUAAGUUAAUUCAAA